AUGGUUUUUUUCAUAUUCGAGCUGGGCAACGACGAGCCAAACUGUUCUGCGAGAAUGUCCAUUACACUUCCUGACAUGUUGCUUUUCCUGUUCAACCGACAGAUAAAACAGAUUAAGGUGACAGUGAACUUGGCGAGGUAUUUACAGAAGAGGCAGAGCGUAGGCGGCGCACUUGCUCUUGCGCAACCAUUUGGGAAGUCGAAACGGCGCGGUCGCCGCAACUACGGCGCAUCGGCCAUCAACACAUUAGCAUUCUACCGU